AUGGCAACUCAAACCACGCGUUUCGACCUCCCUGGCUAUAAUCUGCCCUUGGAUUGUGAUCCGUGCAAUAGAAGCCCCCGAAGAUUGUUUCCCAACGCGCUUGAUGUGGAGGACAUCGAAGGCGGAUGGGCGGAUCGGAUAUAUGUGCAUCGAGAAAUUCUCAUGAUGCAAGUGAUAGAUACCAUCACGGAUAAACCGGAUUGGGAACGAAAGGUACAGUACCUACCACCGUCAUUCAGAAUCUACGUGCCAUGGUCCAUGGAGCUCACUGGCUUCAUUUCGCAGGUUUUCGACGACCAGAUCGUUGCAAAAUGGCGAGACGAGAUUGUUGCCAGUGGUCAAGACAUUACCUCUAAAAUGAUGGAUUGGAUCUUCGCGGAACUCCGGUGGAAGGCUGAUCUUUACCGCGAAAAGGGCCAUGUCGUAGCCUAUGACACGGGGGUGGUGAAAUCCGACUCGGCCAUCUCCCUGCGCCUGAACAGGGCCUUGCGGGAUGCAGUUCGUCCCUUGGAGGAGAUCCCCGAGGAGAAGAAAGACUACCACCCCGGUUCGGACAACAAGGUCGUCGAUCUGGUCCAUCCGUCCUUAUCCCCUGUGAUCUACGGCCGUAGUCACAUCCUGCCUGAUCGGCUUAUUGGUGUCGACGACUGUCUGAACAGUAUUGGACAGGGUCAGCAGCUUGCAGUGCCUGAAAAGGUAAAGGAUCAACCACGCGACAAUGAUUUUCGGGCCUAUUAUCCCCUGCAAUGGAGUUCUCAAGUGGUUGAGCCGUAUAGUCGGAAGUUUCAAUGGAUGCCCUGUGAUGUGGAGUUCACUGAGGAGCAAGGAUGUCGCAUUGUCUCAUACAUCAACAAUCUGCAUCCUCAGAAGCAUCGUCCCCUCUAUGGAGUCAUCGAGAAGAUCCUCGAGAAAGUGAUCCCUCUGUGGGAUGCUACAUUGACCAACGUGGAAUAUGAAGGAAAGCACCGGAUACCGUAUGAGGUAGUUGAUCACCUCGAGCAUCCAGAUCCAGAGCCCCAGGAGCCUGAGGAUGAAGACGACAACGAGGCGUGGGACGAAUAUUAUGAGCGGCACGGCGAAUGGGAAGAUUCAACCCCGAUCAAGCUUCCUGAGCCGGGCACGUUCAAACCUCGUCAGCCUGAUCCGAAACGUACAAUUGAUCUGCGGAGGGAGUUUGCUGAGCACGGAUUGCAAGUGAUCGUCAAGUUGGCGAAUAUCGAGCUCACGCCCGAGAAUCCCGACUAUGAUGGAGGAUCCUGGCACGUCGAGGGACAAUCAAAUGAGCACAUCUGCGCAACCGCGCUAUACUACUACGACAGCGACAACAUCACCGAGAACCAUCUAUCAUUCCGCCAGCGGGCAGGACGAGACAACGUCCAAGACGUCAUCUACCCCCAGAACCAGCACAGUUUUAUUUACGAGGUGUUCGGUUUUCCACGCGAAAACAAUAACGACGAUGAUGCCGACGUCACCCAGCCCCUAGGCAGCGUGUCGACACGCGAGGGCCGUCUUCUGACAUUCCCUAAUAUCCUGCAGCAUCGUGUAUCGCCAUUCUCGCUGGCCGAUAAGUCCAAACCAGGCCAUCGCAAGAUCCUGGCCUUUUUCCUGGUGGACCCGCAUAUUCGCAUUAUCUCUUCGGCGAAUAUUCCGCCGCAGAACGAGGAGUGGUGGGGGAAGAUGCAUGAGGUGAUGGAUAAGUUGCUGGGAAGUCGGUUGCCGGCUGAGUUGCGGGAAAUGGUCAAUGAAAAUAUUAACAGUGAUCCGAUCAGUAUAGAUGAGGCGAAGAAAUAUCGACUUGAAUUGAUGAAGGAGAGGAGCUCUGUGACAAGGGUGCAAAAUGACCGGUUUGAGAGUGGAAGUUUUAACUUGUGUGAGCACUGA